AUAAUUCGAGAUGCAGUCUCGAGAGAGCAGACAUAUUAAUGUCAUCGUUUUUUCAACGAAAUUUAUCGUUGGAAAAGGAACAGGAAAAAAUCUCAAGUACCUUCGUCACAUUGUCAGUGAUUUACUCGGUUACGUUCUUCGCGAGUAUGCUUUUUAAAUGCGUUUCAAAGUCCUUUCUUGUCGAUUACCUGCGCGUCGAUUUGGCUUGGACUCGUCUUCGUUCGUAAGAGGUAUAAAAAAAGAUAAAGAAAAAAAAAGAGAACGAGAGAGAUAAUACGGGCAAGUCUACAAAGACGAUGAUGAUUCACAAUGAUAAUUCUCGGUGAUACACCGCGAACAAUUUACCGAUAUUCAUUUCUUUCAUACAAAGCAAUGAUUUUACUAUUCGAAUUGAUUGGGGGAGAAAAGAAAAAAGCAAUCGGAAUUAUCGUUCGAUGCCGUUCGAAACUCGUAUUGAGUUAUGAGAUUCCUUGUUAGUUUCCUUUCGCAUUCCUCCUCGUGAUUAGACGUUACGGUAAAUUCUAGGAUUCUCAGUCUAAGAGAACUCAUCGAUCGUCACCAAUCUUCACAUAUGUAUAUAUGUAUAUGUAUGUACCCUACCGGGUAAACCGGUCGGUCAUUUUAGAUCGUUCCCGCCGCUUGCUGUGGCAGUCAGAUAGAUAACUUGCCCCCACUGGAUUUUUUUUGUCUUCCAAAUUAAACCGACCAAUCGCACGUAGUCGAGGAAGAUUCACCAUUCGCGAGAUCCAGAGAGGCGCGUCGAUCAUCGUUCGAGAAGGACGUUUACCGUUCCUGUCAUCGGCUUAAAGCAGAUUUGAAUCGAUUGUCGAGAUUGAGUGCUCAUAAGUGUUUCGUUGCUUUAUUUAAAUACAUUUUAAUCUAGAUUUUCGACAAUGCGUAAGAUUAAAACAUGAUGUGCUCGCUCAUAAUUCGUUCUUCGAAAUUUCCAUAAACUCUUAAUCUAUUAUAUUUUCACAGAUAGAUAAGAAGCAAGUGGAACAUUAACGAAACCACACUACGUCUUUGAGAAUGACGCCCUCGACGAUGAAACUCUUAUUUUCCCUUUCCGUUUUUACAGUCUGCUUGGUCUACGCAUCUGCGGAUACGAACGCCAGAGUUGUUUGUUACUUCAGCAACUGGGCGAUAUAUCGACCUGGCGUUGGAAGUUACGGCAUCGACGACAUCCCAGGGGAAUUAUGCACACACGUGAUCUACUCCUUCAUUGGUGUGAGCAAUGUUACCUGGGAGGUACUUGUCUUGGACGAGAAGCUCGACGUUCAGAAGGGUGGCUUCAGAAAUUUCACCCAACUCAGACAGAAAUAUCCUCAUUUGAAAACUGAAGUCGCGCUCGGCGGUUGGGGUGAAGGUGGCAAGAAAUAUAGCAACCUCGUUACGGUGAAACAACGCAGAGAUACCUUCAUAAAGAGCGUCGUUGAUUUCAUGUACAAAUACGAGUUCGACGGUUUCGAUCUCGACUGGGAAUACCCUAGUGCUACGGACAGGGGUGGCAAAUUCUCCGAUAAGGACAAUUUCUUCUACUUCGUUGAGGAACUUAAACGUGCUUUCGAUAAAGAAGGAAAAGGAUGGGAGAUCACAAUGGCCGUACCUAUGGCCAAGUUCCGUCUCGACGAAGGUUAUCACGUUCCAGAAUUUUGCAAGUACCUCGACGCGAUACACGUUAUGUCUUACGAUCUUCGUGGAAACUGGGCUGGAUUUGCUGAUGUCCAUAGUCCCCUUUACAAGAGACCGCACGACAGUUAUGCCUAUGAAAAACUCAAUGUGCACGACGGUCUUUUGCUUUGGGAGGACAAAGGAUGCCCAGCGAACAAAUUGGUCGUAGGUGUGCCUUUGUACGGUCGUACAUUCACACUUUCGCGUGGCAACACGAAUUACAAUCCAGGAACCUACAUAAACAAAGAAGCAGGUGGUGGUGAUCCUGGACCGUACACACAGGCUAGAGGAUUCUUAGCAUAUUACGAGAUUUGCACAGAAGUAAAUAAUCCUAAAUCAGGAUGGACAAAGAAAUACGACUCCAUUGGAAAGGUACCUUACGCUUACAAGGAAACACAGUGGGUUGGUUAUGAGGAUGCCGACAGUGUUAAGAUAAAGAUGGACUUUAUUAGGGAAAAAAGCUAUGCCGGUGCUAUGGUUUGGGCAAUAGAUAUGGAUGAUUUCACCGGUCUCUGCGGAGAAAAGAAUCCUCUCAUGAAAGUAAUUCACGAUGGUAUGAAGGGAUAUAAGGUCCCUAAGAAAGAACAUCACUCUACGCCUACCCCUGAUUGGGCAAGACCACCAAGCACGACGAGUUCCACGGUAGGAUACAGCACGAGGGACACUGAAGAAACAACUCGCCCAACUGUGCCAAUAAAUCCAGGCUCCUCUUCUAAACCACCGGUCGAUGAUAAUGAAAAUGUUGUUUGCAAAAGCGAAGAAUACAUUCCUUCGAAAAAUUGUGCUAUGUACUAUCGAUGCGUCUUCGGAAUUCCGCAAAGGCUUCAAUGUCAACAUGGUUUAGUCUUCCACACUAGCAUGCAUGUUUGCGUCUGGUCUCAAAAUGCCGACCGCGAAGAGUGCAGAACUCAAUAAAUGAAUCAAUGAUAUUUUAGUAUAGAAUAUAAGAAGAAAUUACACUCUUUUGUAUAAAUGGGCUGGGAGAAGGGAGGAAAAAAGAAAUACCUAUCGAAUAAUAAAAUUUUUACGCGUA